CCUAGGGGGCGGGGCCUCGCCGCACUUCCGGGCCUCUGCGGCGGCGAGGAGCUGCUUUUUGGCGUCCUUGGCGGCAGCUGCAGGGUGUCAGCGGCUACACCAAAGUCGCGCCAUGCUGCUCUUGGCUUUGGGCGGCCGGUGGGCCGCGGGACCCGGAGGGAGGAGGGCUACAUGGUGUGCGGUCGCCGCGCUCCGAGGUUCCGGGGUCGCCUUCUGGCGUGCGGCCUCCCGCGCCGAGCCCUCGCGACUGCUGAGCGGCGGGCUCCUGCAGCGACCCGGGCCGGGCCGGCGACCCGGGGGAGCGCAGAUAUCUGUUUGUUGGAAGCAAUGUGUCCGCUGCUUACAUUCACAGUUGGAUAAACCAGAAGAUGGAAGACUGAUUUAUACUGGGAACCUGGCCCGCACAGUAUUUGGUGUGAAAUGUUUCUCUUAUUCUACAAGUGUGCUCAGCCUUGCAUUUUUACCGUAUCUUUCACAAAGUAAUUUGACAUUUGGAAGUCUGCCUUUGCAAAUCUUAUUUUAUGGGAUCAUGGGAAUCUUCGCAGUGAUCACACCCACGUUGCUCCACUUCCUUACAAAAGGCUACGUCAUUCGGUUGUACCACGAAGCCACAACCGACACUUACAAAGCCAUUACUUACAAUGCCAUGCUUUCAGAAAUAAGCACGGUGUUCCAACAAAAUGAUGUGAAGAUUCCAGAGAGCUCACAUCUAUUUACCAGCUUUUAUGCUAAAACAAAAUCCCUGUUAGUUAAUCCAAUGCUCUUUCCCAACCCUGAAGACUAUAACCAUCUAAUGGGAUAUGACAAACCAUUCACUUUUGAUGAUGUAGAAGAAGUCAGUGAAAAGAAACUGCAUGGGGAUGAAAAAUGAACAUGUUUGUUUUUGCUUAUGUCAUAUCUGUUUCAGUGUAUGAUACAAUUGCCUAUAUUUUGUUAUUGUUAAUGUGAAGAUACAGUGCAGUUGGUAUAGUGUUUGCCUUACACGAGGCCCUGGGUUGGACCCUCAUCAUAUAAGUAGAACAGCUAUAAUCCCAGCACUUGGAAAAUGGAGGUAGGAAGGUCAGCAAUUUGGGGUUUCCUUGGAGAUGAAGCAGGAAGUAGGUUUGAGGUCAGCUUGGACUGUGUAAGACCCUGUCUUUAAAACAGAAAGUUGAUCUGGAUGGGGGUGGUGCAUGC